UUCAAACACUUCCACUCUAUCAUCAUAACAUCUUUCUAGGGUUUGGAUUUUCUAGGCUAAUUUCUAUUUUAUUCAUCUAAAUAAUCUUUCAAUAUCACGAUAUGGUGUUAAUUAGGUGCCAUGCAUCCUUUUGAUGGUGAUCUUUCAUAUCACCUUUUUAUUUUUUCCACCUUCCAAUAAAGUUGCCUCAAAAGCCAGUUUCAUUUGUUUUUUUCCGCUUCUUCUACUUCUGCCUGAAAGUGGCAUAGGAGUAGUGAAAGGUGUGGAACCCUCAAAGGUAGUGCCAGAUCAACGAAAGCCAAGACCACAAAAGGAACAAGCAAUAAAUUGUCCAAGAUGCAAUUCUACAAAUACAAAAUUCUGUUACUACAACAAUUAUAGUCUCUCUCAGCCAAGGUAUUUUUGCAAGACUUGUAGAAGGUACUGGACUGAAGGGGGUUCUUUAAGAAAUGUCCCCGUUGGUGGUGGUUCCAGAAAAAACAAAAGAUCUAAUAAUAAUAACAACAAUUCUUCUUCAUCUAAUAGUUCUUCCACGUCAUCAUCAUCAUCCAAAAAACUUCUUUCAGAUCUCGCAAACCCUAAAAUAAUUAACGACCCACAUGACCUAAAUUUGACUUAUAAUCCAAUUCCCACUACUACUACUGCUGCUGCUAGCAAUUUUAGCAACUUUUCUGAGUUUAUGGCCUUACCCUUAAUGAACCCUAAUUCCACAUCUUCAUUUAUGCCAAAUAAUUUGUACUCAUCAUCAACUGGGCUUCCUAAUUUGCAUGAUUUGAAGCCUAGUAGCCUUAAUUUUUCUUUGGAUGGGUUUGAAAAUGGGUAUGGAGGAGCUGAUCAUCAAGAGACUGCUCAUGGGGCAAAAUUGUUUUUCCCUAUGGAUGAUUUGAAGAUUAAUGUUUCAACGGCUAAUGAUCAGUUUGAAGAAAAUAGAGGGCAAGCACCUGAUCAAUCUAAUGGAUUUUGGAAUGGAAUGUUGGGCGGAGGAGGAGGAUCAUCCUGGUAAAUGAAAAGCAUGAAGGAAAUUAUAAAGGUGUUUUUUUUUUUUUUUAGUUUGUGUUUUCAAAGUAAUUUUCGCAGGCUGAGUGACAUAUUUAGUUGGUUUAAUUUCCAGUAUAAUCAGAACUUCUACUGCUGCUACUAGUGUUACUGCUAACAGAUAGGAUAUGUAUCUAUAUAUUUAUGUAUGUGUUCUUUGUUUUCUUUUAACCCUCCAUUUCUUUUGUGCUAUGGGACUUUUGUUCUCUUUCGUUUGCACAACUUUGAAUUGUAUGUCAUGUUUGUAAUCUGGAUCGAUCUUUCCUUUUGGUUUCU